AUUCCAGUCGCUUUGAACGCUGUGCCACUAGUGCGGAUGAAGUAAGCGAUCACAGCGGAUAAACGCAGACCACGACGCAUCUCGCAAGCUUUUGGUUGGGGCAGAAAGUGACAAUGUCGCUUGUUCAAAAGUUCAAUGCCGCGGUGGCAACGGCCACCUCCAAACCUUACAUCGCUUUGUUCAAAAAUGUCGUCUUCCUCAUAUUUGUGUACCGUUAUGCUACUGCCAUAGCUCUCAAAGUUGCUGUAAAGGGACCCGGCGAGGCUAUUAGAGACUAUGUGAAGCACAUCCUGCAGAUCCUCAUUACUUUGACGAGAAAGAGCAUCCCGGGUGCAAACGAUAUGGUUAAAAGUGAAGUUGCUAAGCAAAUACAGAGCAUUGAAAAGAAAGUCGUCCAGUAUACUCCUGGUGAGAAGAUCUAUCGGACGCUGCCCUCCAAGGGACUCAGUCCGGCAGAAGUUCGUGCGGAACUGGAUCGUUAUCAGAAAAUGGGCGAUGUUGAUUGGAAGGAAGGAAAAGUUUCUGGUGCCAUCUAUCACGGUGGUGAGGAAGUAUCCUCGCUGAUCACCGAUGCAUUCGCACGCUUCACAGUCACCAACCCUUUACACCCCGAAAUCUUUCCGGGGAUACGUAGGAUGGAGGCUGAGGUUGUAUCUAUGGUUCUUCGCAUGUACAACGCCCCCGACAGUGGAUGUGGUAGCGUAACGUCCGGUGGAACAGAAAGUUUGCUCAUGGCUGUCAAAGCCUACCGUGAUAUGGCAAGGGUCAAACGCGGCGUGACUGAGCCCGAGAUGGUGCUUCCCGUGACUAUCCAUGCGGCCUUUGACAAAGCCGAAAGCUACUUUGGAGUCAAGAUUGUUCACAUUCCCAUUGACCCUAUUACCGGGAAAGUGGACGUCAGCAAGGUGGCUCGCGCAAUUAACCGGAACACCAUUAUGCUUGCCGGAUCAGCCCCCAAUUUCCCUCAUGGCAUCGUAGACGACAUCCCGGCCCUUGCAGCUCUGGCGAAGAAGCACAAGAUAGGGAUGCAUGUGGACUGCUGCCUAGGUGGCUUUAUCGUACCAUUCUUAGAAAAGGCAGGCUAUCCUCUGGAGCAUCCAUGUGAUUUCCGUGUGGAUGGCGUUACUUCAAUUUCGGUCGACACGCACAAGUACGGGUUCGCGCCAAAGGGAUCUUCCGUGAUCAUGUACCGGUCCAAGGACAUUAGGGACCAUCAAUAUUUCGUGACGACGGAAUGGCCGGGCGGUAUCUAUGCAUCACCCACCAUCGCUGGGUCUAGGCCUGGGUCAUUGGUUGCUGGAUGUUGGGCGGCCUUGGUUCACUUUGGCGAAGAUGGAUAUAUAAAAUCCACCCAGCAAAUCAUGAAGACUGCUCGGAAAAUCAAAAAAGGGGUUCAGGAAAUUGAAGGUCUCCAGCUGGUUGGAGAUCCUGUCGUAUCUGUCGUGGCUUUCGCUGCAAAGGCACCGAUCAGCACUUAUGCAGUGGCCGACCUCUUGUCUAGAAAACACUGGCAUCUAAACAUUCUCCAAAACCCACCAGCAAUUCACAUCGCGUGCACCAUGCUCACCCGUAACUCUGCGGACGCCUUGCUUGCAGAUCUUCGUGAAGCGGUUGGUCAAAUUCGUAAAGAUCCCAAGGCGGGUAACGGCGAUGUGGCAGCCAUCUAUGGAACAGCAGCAAGUGUUCCGGACAGAACGAUUAUUGCGGAUGUAACUAGGGGAUUUUUGGAUGCGUUGACCAAGAUUUAGAUUUCGUCCUUAGGUAGUCACAGGCUUGUAAUUGUGCUAUUAGGUUACAUUUUGGAAUUUGCGACUUUAUUCUCUUCUACUCUGCCAUCUCCAAAGUAUUAUACAUCGUCAACUCAUCGACACGCUACUUGAAC